AUGGCUUUACUCCAGCACACCGGUUCAUCAACCUAUUACACGGAAUUAGUAGAGCUUCCGGUUCCUGUAUCUGCCGAUUUCGUUGGUGGUGAUGUUGUACGAGUCACUUAUUCUGUUCGCGAUCACGAACGUAACAUCAAGCGAUCUCUUACCAAGACGUUCCCCGUCAUUACUUCUGAUGAUCAGAUAACCUCUGCCAUCACCCAUGAUUCAUCUGAAGUCAAGGCGUUCACAACGUCUCCCUCCAAGUCUCGUCAGGCAAUCCUACGAGAGGUCGGUAAUGGCACACAUACAAAACGAUUCGUCGAGAUCUGGGCAGGCACCCAGAUGGAGGCAUCCUUAGAUGUCACCAAGUACCAUGAUGUCUUUCAUACAGAUGCAAAUGUCAACGGCGACGACGACGCUUCAGACGAUCCUUACCCAAAAUUCAGAUAUACCCCGAACUUUGGAGAACCAUCUCGCACCAAGAAAAGACCCACUAUCUUUCUAUUCCGCUGGACACGGUCCACAGCGUUCACCAGGGCCGCUAAACAAGACAUGCUACUUUUGACCCUUUCAAUGGCGCAGCCUACCCAAGUACCUGUCUUAUUCGGACAAGCUACUUUCGCAACAGAAGAUGUCAUCUUCGCCACUGGACACGACCAUACCAAAGACGGUCGACUACUUGGGGUUAAAGGGUGCUUCAACCGUCCAAUGGGCAUAUGGGAACUCAGACUUCCCGAGUCCGCAAGCUUGCAUGGAACCCCCUUCGGCACUACAAUCUCGUGCAACUCUUUGAGGCUGACACCACCAGAACGCUCUUGCCGUUCGCCUCGUGUGUUUUUUGCUGACAAUCAGACACCCUAUAAACUCUUUUGGUUCUCAAACCCCGUUGGUGGUGCUCAUGCAUCUUGCGUUUCUCUGGAAUCUCGCGAUCUCAUCACUGGUACCCACAAGGUUCUCGUGGACACCGUCAUGGAGCCUGCCCCCGAAAACAACUUUCCAGGACUUUAUACCGAGUAUAAUAUACCUUCCAGCCCCUUUCUACGUCGCGGAGACAAUGUAUUCAUCGUGCUACAGUCCUUAUGGCGCUCGCGCACAACGGUGCUCUUCAUUGAUAAAGAAACGGGAGAAAUCACAGACGAGACAAAAAUGCGCGACAGCGAACCCAUGUACAGUUGGAACGUACUUGCUACAGAUGGCAAGACGCGCUUCAUCUGUUCGAGGAGCACGCCUACUACCCCAUCUGAGGUAUUACUGGGAUACUUUGAUCCGCAUGGCAACCUUAAUUGGAAAGUCCUAGAUAAACCAACGAUCUCUGUAGAAACUGAGAAAGCGCUCAGCGACCUUGCUGCGUCAAUUAUACCCAUCGGUGCACGUCCUCCGACAGAGACUCUCGUCAUUCAGUCAACGAAGCUCUCAUCAACGCCUGGUCCCAAACCUGUCUGCGUAACCGUUCCACAUGGAGGACCUCAUGCAACGUCGACGACAGGAUUCUCUCCAGCCACCGUCGCACUAGCCCUAGAAGGAUAUACCAUCUCUCUACCCAACUAUACCGGCUCCAUGGGAUUCGGCGAGAAAUACAUAACAAAACUUCUCGGGCAUUGCGGGUCGAUGGACGUAGAAGACGUGGUAGAAAGCGUCAACGAGCUCGUCCGACUUGGCAUUUCAGAGCACGGGCGACAAGUCGUCCAAGGUGGAAGUCACGGCGGUUUCCUCGCUGCGCACCUCAUAGGACAAUACCCAAAGCUAUUCAAUGCAGCAGUCAUGCGCAACCCUGUCAUUUCCGUAGGUGAACUCACAGGGUCCGACAUCCCCGACUGGAUCUACGCCGAAUUCGGACUCGAAUUCACCCCCCAGUCGAUCAUGACGCCCGCCACGUUCAAAACGCUAUUCGAAGCAUCGCCAAUCGCGCAUGUCGAUCACGUGCGUGCACCGGUUUUGUUACUACUCGGGGAAGACGAUAUGCGUGUGGUUCCAACGCAGGGAAUGCGGGGAGAGAUAGGGCGAGUGGAGAUGUUGACAUUCCCGAAGGAGACGCAUCCGCUUGAGGGGGUUGAGGCUGGGAGGGUUUCUUGGGAGGCUGGGAGGGAUUGGUUUAAGGCGUUUGCGGAGGAAUGUUGA